UUCAUUGUUUCCUGCUACAGGCUACAGCGGGUCAGACCGUCCCGCCUACAUGAGUGAUUUAGCGCAGCGGGCCGUCUUCAUGUCCCCAGACCCCUCCUCCUGCAUCCUCUUCAGCUCGGGCAACAACAGCCACACCACAUGGAAGACACGCCGGGCCAGGACAGAGACCUAGUGGUCCAGCCCCUGCCAGCCCUCACCUACAGGGCAAUAGGAGGGGUGCUGGACCAGUGUGUGUUCCAGGGGCCCACUCCCAAUGAUGUGGUGCGGCGGUACACAGCGGUGGUUGGCAAGCCCUUCCUGCCACCCUGUUGGUUCCUGGGCCACCAUCAGUGCAGGUUUUGCUACGGGUCCACCAAGAGAACGCGGGAGUCUGGCAGCAAACACGGGAGGCUGGGAUACCCUUUGACACUCAGUGGAAUGAUAUUGACUACAUGAAAGACCGCAAUGACUUCACCAUCGACCCAAAGAACUUCAAGGACCUGCCGGGCUUUGUCAAGGAGAUACACCAGGCCGGCAUGCAUUGCGUCCCACUCAUCAACCAAGGCAUCAGUGCCUCGGAGCCCCCGGCACCUACAUCCCCUGGGACCAAGGCCUGCACCUGGAGGUCUUCAUACAGAACCACACCAAUCACCCAUUCAUCAGAAAGGUGUGGCAUCCAGUGUGGACAGCCUGGCCAGACUUCCUGCACCCCCUCACAUCUUUCCCUAUAGGUGUGGCAUCCAGUGUGGACAGCCUGGCCAGACUUCCUGCACCCCUUGGCCACCCACUACUGGGGCCGACAGCUGCUGCGCUUCCACAACACACUGCCCUCUGACGGAGCCUGGACCGACAUGAAUGAACCCUCAAACCUCUGGUCCAGGAGUCACCACGGCUGUCAGCAGAACAACUUGGAGCAUCCGCCCUUCCUGCCGCCAGUGGUCAGAGACUCUCUCUUCUGCCACACGGUCUGCAUGUCGGCAAGGCACUACAUCGGACUCCACUACAGCCUCCACAACCUCUACGGACUGUCAGAGACGAGUGCCACCAAUGCAGCCCUGCAGGGUGUGGGAGCCAGGCGGCCGUUCAUGACUUCCCACUCGUCCUUCCCCGGCCAGGGCAUCGAUGGGGGCCACUGGACAGACCACUACGGGGGCCACUGGACGGACCACUACGGGGGCCACUGGACGGACCACUACGGGGGCCACUGGACGGACCACUACGGGGGCCACUGGACGGACCACUACGGGGGCCACUGGAUGGACCACUACGGGGGCCACUGGACGGACUACUACGGGGGCCACUGGACGGACCACUACGGGGGCCACUGGAUGGACCACUACUGGGGCCACUGGACGGACCACUACGGGGGCCACUGGACGGACCACUACUGGGGCCACUGGACGGACCACUACUGGGGCCACUGGACGGACCACUACGGGGGCCACUGGACGGACCACUACUGGGGCCACUGGACGGACCACUAUGGGGGCCACUGGACGGACCACUACGGGGGCCACUGGACGGACCACUACGGGGGCCACUGGACGGACCACUACGGGGGCCACUGGACGGACCACUACGGGGGCCACUGGACGGACCACUACGGGGGCCACUGGACGGACCACUACGGGGGCCACUGGACGGACCACUACGGGGGCCACUGGACGGACCACUACGGGGGCCACUGGACGGACCACUACGGGGACCACUGGACGGACCACUACAGGGGCCACUGGACGGGCCACUACAGGGGCCACCGGACGGACCACUAUGGGGGCCACUGGACGGACCACUACGGGGGCCACUGGACGGACCACUACGGGGGCCACUGGACGGACCACUACUGGGGCCACUGGACGGACCACUACGGGGGCCACUGGACGGACCACUACGGGGGCCACUGGACGGACCACUACGGGGGCCACUGGACGGACCACUACGGGGGCCACUGGACGGGCCACUACGGGGGCCACUGGACGGACCACUACGGGGGCCACUGGACGGACCACUACGGGGGCCACUGGACGGGCCACGUGUGCUCCCACUGCAUCAACAUGUGGCACUCCACCGCAGGCACAGAAGCCAUGCAAAACUACCGCCAGGCUCAGGAAACCGCCCAUGGAAACCCCGACAACCUCUGCGAGAGCCUUUUGAAAUAGAUGGAGCAAGCCUCCUGAGCACCUCACCACAGAGCUGUCCAAGAUGCCUCACGUCCAAGAAGUCCCAGGUUUACAAGUGGAAGGGCCUGCUCAAGGAACUCCGCUGCUCUCUCCUGGACGGAAGGAACCAGGAGAUGGAGAGGAGGUGAUGGAAUAAUGUAGGCUCCAGUAUUUUAGUUUUUCAGCUUAUUCAGAGAGUUGGCAGUUUUGAGGUUUUGUGGUGUCAGGCAUGCCUUCCCUUAUCACUAAUUCCUCCUCCUCCUGGCCCUUGUCACUUGCCUGUUACAGUGUGGAGAGGGAGGGAAUACAUGAGGGAGGCAUUGAAAGGGAGGAUUAAGAUGUGAUGAGGGAAUGUCGUCAAUUCCAUUCUUUUCUUCGUAAUUGUAAUUGUUUUCAGAGUUGUUUUAAUGCAUAUGUAGUGCAGCGACUAGGCCUGACGGGCAAGCCUCCCAUAACCCACUCAGCCAGCGGGGUACCUCUUUGGCCGACUGAUAAGGUAGUGGCUCUCCUGUCACGCUGGUCACAGGUUCAAUCCUGGGCAGCCAACAAAACCCUCUCCUUGUCUUGAUUAAUGUCUCGUGUGUUUCAAUACACGCAGAGGACGUGUGGGACCGGGUGUAGUAGAAAAGAGAGAAAAAUCUCGGCCUUAAACAUAUAACAGGGAGGCAGGACGAGGCGGCAGGACUAUAGUGCUAGAAGGCAGGGAACGUAUCAGGGAGGCAGGGAAACACAGUUUUCUUAUUUUUAGUAUACGAAUACUA